AUGAAGUAUCGAUGGCAUGCGGGAGCUUUUCUACUGGGAACUGCCACUGCUAGGAGCCUUCGCGAGCUCGAGUCUCUGUAUCUCGAAGGAACGACACCAGACACCGCCCGUAUUGGUGGCCAGGAUGUUCCGACACUGUCACAGGCUUUGCCACAAGGCCAGCCUAUCGACCGUUCUGGAUGGCAACUUCAAUGUUCAACGGUUCAGAGUGGUCAUGACUGCGAUCAAGCAGUUGAUGAUUCGACCAACACAUUCUGGCAGAGUGCAGCCAGCAGUGACGCUCAGACUAUCACUGUUAACUUGGGGCAAGAACGGGUCGUGAAUGGGUUGACAAUGGUUCCCAGGCAAGAAACAAAGGAGGAGUAUGAGAAACCGGCGAACCUCAUCACAAAACAUCAAAUACAACUCAGUACUGAUGGCGAAAACUGGAAUGAGGUCUCAUAUGGAACCUGGUGGGACACCGGCAAGGCCCAGCGAAUGUCGUCGUUUCAGCCUCAAAAAGCCAAAUACGUGCGUCUGUCUGCUCCUGCUACCGAUGCCAUCGCAAUUGCAGACCUGCAAGUCUAUGAAACAAAGUUUAUUCCUCCAAACCCUGCCUUGGGUGCUUGGGGCCCAACAAUUGAUUUGCCCCUGGUUCCUGUCGCUGGGGCCGUGGAUCCUAUUUCCGGCGCGGUGGUGACAUGGUCGGCUUGGGGCUACAAUAUUUUCGUUGGCAGCCCGGGUGGCGAUACACAGACAGCUACUUGGUAUCCCAAGAAGAACUCAGUAAGCCCGAGAGAUGUCGAAGAAACGCACCACGACAUGUUCUGUCCUGGUAUCUCGACCGACGAAAACGGCAAGAUCGUCGUCACUGGAGGAACCGAUCAAAGUCGGACCAGUAUUUACAACACAACUGUUGAAAAUUGGUUCGAAGCAGCGGCCAUGAAUAUCGAACGUGGCUACCAGGCAACUUCGACGCUAUCCGAUGGGCGUAUCUUCGCCAUUGGCGGUUCAUUCAGCGGCGGAGUUGGUGGUGCGGACGGUGGCGAGCGUGUUGCUGCGCAGGGCAAAGACGGUGAGAUCUACGACCCUAUAGCCGAUGAAUGGACUGAGAUCCUUGGAGCAAAGGUCUCGGCUAUGCUUACCAACGACAUCCGUACCUACCGACAAGAUAAUCACGGCUGGUUAUUCGCUUGGGCUAACGGCACUGUGUUCCAAGCCGGUCCCAGUAAAGCGAUGAACUGGUAUGGUACAUCGGGAAACGGCACCACCACUUCUGCUGGAGAUCGCACUGGUGAUGAUGACGCUAUGUGUGGAAACGCAGUCAUGUAUGACAAAGGAAAGAUUCUUUACUUUGGUGGCUCUCCCAAUUACGACAACAGCACUGCGACGAUCAAUGCUGGCAUCAUCACGAUUGACCAGCCCGGGGAGAGUGCGUCUGUCGAAAAGGCAGGCGUUGAUGGAAUGCAUUACAAGCGCACUUUUCACUCCUCUGUUGUUUUACCAGACGGCUCGGUGUUUGUUAAUGGUGGCCAGGAUGUCGGGCUUCCUUUCGAUGAAAGUGGCGCGCAUUUGACGCCGGAGCGAUUCAUACCCGGUGCUAAUGGCGGAGGCGAGUGGAUUGAACAGCAAAAGAACAGCAUCGUCCGAGUCUAUCACAGUCUAUCGCUGUUGCUUCAGGAUGGCACAGUAUUCACUGGUGGCGGCGGUUUGUGUGGAAAUUGUAGCGCCAAUCAUUUCGACGGUCAAAUUUACACGCCCCCAUACCUGCUGAACGAUGAUGGAACCGUGAAGACAGACCGUCCUGUGAUCAAAAAUGCAACACCGGAGGUCAAGUCUGGCGAUACCGUCGAAGUCACUACUGACGGUGACGUUGACGAGAGAGCGUCGAUAAUCCGCUAUGGCUCGGCUACUCACACUGUCAACACUGACCAACGACGCCUUGCUGUCAAAUUGACAAAGGACGGAUCCAAUAAGUACAAGUUCCAGAUACCUGAGGCAGGCAUCGCCCAGCCCGGGUAUUAUAUGCUCUUUGUCCUGAAAGAUGGCGUUCCCAGCCACUCGGUGAAUGUUCGAGUAUCGGUUUAA